AGGUUGCGCGCGCAGAUGGCACUCGCAGUUGGUCAAUCCAAGAUGGCGGCUACUGUGUUCCGAGCCGCUCUGCGGGACUGGGGCCGCUGCGUCCGGUGGAGCAACGGGCUCCGGCAGCUGAGCCAAAUCCAGGGUCCUCCUGAUAACACCAGCUUUGUGGAGUCUGUGGAUGAAUACAAGUUUGUGGAGCGCCUGUUCCCCCCUACCAAAAUCCCAGAGCCACCAAAGCAUAAACAUUAUCCCACUCCUAGUGGCUGGCAGCCUCCCAGAGAUCCCCCUCCCAACUUGCCCUACUUUGUUCGGCGAUCCCGGAUGCAUAACAUCCCAGUCUACAAAGACAUCACACAUGGCAACCGACAGAUGACUGUGAUCCGGAAGGUGGAAGGGGACAUCUGGGCUCUACAGAAGGAUGUGGAAGAAUUUCUGAGCCCACAGCUGGGAAAGACACCUGUCACCCAGGUUAAUGAGGUGACAGGUACUCUUCGAAUCAAGGGCUACUUUGAUGAGCAGCUUAAAGCCUGGCUUCUUGAGAAAGGCUUCUGAGGCCUGAUGAUCAGUCCAUGGCAGUGCCCUCCACAGACUGGCAUCCAGAGAGGAAGUGGAUUUGGAGUCUCUGGAAUGGGAUUCAGAGCACAGGGUUUAGGACUUAGAGGUAAAGGACAUUGAGAUCAGUCCUUGCUUCCAUAAAGAGGAAAAAGACCUCUGUUUAAGUGUCCAAUGUGGGAGCCCACAGAAAGAAUCAGGCUAACAAGGGAGACAUUUAAGUCAGCCAUUCUGGAAACAACCCAUCAGGGACUUGCAUCCUUGGCCUUCUGGAGCUUUUGCUAUAAGCCAAACUGGGCUUAGUGGUGAAUAUGGAAAACAACAUAGACAACACAGGACAAGGACAUGGACUGGAAUGGACAAGACAGACAAAAUAUCUUAGGUUCUGAGUGCUGUAAUAGGUAGGGUUGGGGACAUCCGCCUGCUGUUGUGGAAUCGGCUG